AAUUUGCCUUUAAUGCUACCAACCAAAAAAGUGUUCAAAGAAAAAAAAAGCAAUGACACUAAGUAUAUAUAUAGGCAGUUUCUUUUUACCCUAACUUUGCCUUCUCCGCCUUUUGUGUUCUUUCUAUCAUAACAAGAUUCUUAAUCCAGUUAAUCGGCCACAACAAAAUUUGAGGAUAUGAAUAACCAACACCAAAUUUGUGUGGACGAAGAUGCUAUGUUAAUGGAUGAUUUACAGGAUAAAGUUGGUGGUCAAGAUGCAACGUUGAUGGAAGUUCCCAUACCUUUACUUGAAUCACAAGAAACAAAAACUGAUGUUGUUGAGAAUAUGGAUAAGCAACAAAAAUAUGGUGAUGAUAAGGAUGCAAUAUUAAUUGAAGUUCCAACAUAUUUUAUGACACAUGAUGAAUCAAUAACCGAUGUUUUAGAGUACCAAGUUGAUGGUGAUGAAGAUACAACAUUAAUGGACGUUCCGAUAUCUUUUAUUGCACUAGAAAAAGCUAACACUGAUAUUUUUCAGGGUAUGAAUAACCAGCACCAAAUUUGUGUGGACGAUGAUGCAAUGUUAAUGGAUGAUUUAGAGCAUGACAAAGUUGGUGGUCAAGAUGCAACAUUGAUGGAAGUUCCCAUACCUUUACUUGAAUCUCAAGAAACAAAAACUAAUGUUGUUGAGAAUAUGGAUAAGCAACGAAAAGAUGGUGAUGAUAAGGAUGCAAUAUUAAUUGAAGUUCCAACAUAUUUUAUGACACAUGAUGAAUCAAUAGCCGAUGUUUUAGAGAGAAUGGAUAGGCACCAUGAAAAUGCUCGCAGAAAUGCAAUAAUGGCUAUCCCCAUAUCUUCUAUUGCACCACAUGGUGGUGUCUCAUUGAAAAUGGAUAAGCAUCACAAAGUUGAUCGUAUAGAUGCAAUAAUGGCAGUUCCUCUAUCUUCGAUUGCCCCACAAACUGGUGUGUCAUUGAAAAUGGAUAAGCAGAACCAAGUUAAUGGUGAUGAGGAUGCAACAUUAAUGGACGUUUCGAUAUCUUUUAUUGCACUGGAAAAAGCAAGAAUCGAAUUUUCGCAGAAUAUGGAUAAGCAGUACCAAGUUGAUGGUGAUGAGGAUGCAACAUUAAUUGACGUUCCGAUAUCUUUUAUUGCACUCAAAAAAGCUAACACAGAUAUUUUUCAGAAUGAGAUUGUACCAAAAAAUAUGCACUACAUGCAUACUCAUACAUUUGAACAAAGAAGGCAAAAUUGGAUCAUCAAUAAUAUUUCUCGUCCAAGUGGCUUAAUAAUAGAUUAUGUCUACCUUCAUUUGGAGACAAAAAAAAAGUUUCGAUCUUUGAUAGAAGUGUAUAAAUUUAUUGUAUAUGGGGAAGUUCCUGAAAUAGCAAAGAAAUCAAGAGAAAAUGAAGAAACAUUUCAGGCGACACCAAGGCGUAAACAACUUGUGCGCGGUAAAAAAUUGAUAAAAAAUUAUGUAGUUGGAACAUGUACUAAAUCUUAUGAUGGGGUAUACAUUAAGAAUCGAGGAGAAGCUAAGUACUUAUCUCAACGUGACAUCCCUUCAAACAUUGAAAAAAAGAGAAAAAGAGGAAAUGAAGAUUUAUAUGGGCAUCAACAAGUGAACUUAGGAGAUGAUGCAAUACUUGUCAACUCAGGAGAUGCUACAUUAAGUCCUCCAAUACAAUCUUUUCUUUACCUUUGGGAUUUUGAGCUCGUUCCUGAGGCACACAAUGAAAAUCUUUCUUAGAAAAAUUAUUAUUAUAUUAGUUAUUAAACUAAAUAUUUUUGAAAGUUAUUUUUCUUUGGUUAUUUAAGAAAACUGUUUAAUUCAGACAAUGUAACGUAAAUUAUAUUUAAAGUUCGAUUUUACCAUUUUUAAGACUAUGAA